AUGGCGGUUGCUGCAGAUGAAAAGAAGAGCGACUCGCUCAAUGAGCCUCAAAUUGGCGAAUCUGGUGUGCUCUCUGAAGCACACGAACAGCAUCUCAAGGAUGGCAAUUCCAGCGAGGACGAGGUCGUCAAGUGCCCGUCGCACACGACCGAAUUCCGCCUCCUAACAAAGAUUGAUCUUCAUGUGGUGCCAUUUCUUUGCGUCAUGUACUUGCUGGCUUUUCUUGAUAGAGUCAAUAUCGCCAAUGCAAGGAUUUUUGACCUGGAGAAAGACUUGGGCAUGCAAAACCCCUCACAAUUCAACACCGCUAUUGUCAUCUUCUUUGUGCCUUAUGUCCUCUUCGAGAUUCCAUCCAACAUUCUCCUCAAGAAAUUUAAGCCAUCAACAUGGCUAUCCCUGAAUAUGUUUCUCUUCGGGUUUACCACAAUAAUGCAGGGUGUAGUGACAAGCUACGGAGGCUUGCUGACAACCCGAUUCUUCCUCGGUCUGUUCGAAACUGGCAUGUUCCCUGGUGCUUUCUAUCUUAUUGGCAUGUGGUAUCGUAGACACGAGGCGCAACGACGAUACUCGUUCUUCUUCAACAGCACAACUCUUGCUGGUGCUUUUGGCGGACUAUUGGCUGCUGCGAUCGGCAAAAUGAGUGGCCUGCGCGGAUACAGUGGAUGGCGCUGGAUUUUCAUCAUUGAGGGCGGCUUGACUGUGUUUGUCAGCUUCUUCUUCUACUUCUGGCUUCCCAACUUUCCAGAGCAGGCAAAGUGGCUCAAGGACGAUGAACGCGACUAUGUCGCAGCCCGACUUCGCCUUGACCAAGGUAAAGCUGGAUUGGAUCGCAAGAUUACCUUGCGUGAUGUUGGAAACAUCUUCAAAGACUACAAGGUCAUUGUCGGAGGAUUCAUGUAUUUCGGACUGAUCGUUCCGGCUUACGGGUACGCCUACUUUGCGCCAACCAUUCUGAACGGCUACGGUUAUGGCAAGAUCGAGACCCAGCUACGAAGUGUGCCGCCUUGGGUUGCGGCGUUCGGUUUCUCCAUGAUGUGCGCCUACGCCUCGGACAAGCUACGACACCGAGCCCUUUUCGCUGUCAUCCCAAUCUGUAUUGCGAUUUCCGGCUUCGCCAUCCUUCUUACAGUUCACACCAACCUGAAUGCGCAAUAUUCUGCUCUCUUCUUAGCAGCCAUGGGUGCCUAUACAGCUAUGCCAAUCAUUGUGUGUUGGUUCAACAUGAACCUCGGUGGCCAUCACCGCCGAGCCGUUGGUAGUGCCUGGCAAGUUGGCUUCGGAAACCUGGGCGGUAUCAUUGCUGCGUUCGCCUUCAAGCAAGACACGGGUGCCAAGAAAGCUCAAGACUUCAAGCUCGGCUACGAUCUGUGCAUUGCAUUCUGUUGCGUCUCUAUUGUGGCUUGCGUUAUUUACGCAUUCGCCUGCUGGAAGGCAAACAGUGACCGUCGAAAUGGGAAGCAUGAUGUGAGCCAUUUGUCAGAAGACGACCAAUUGGCGCUUGGCGACAUGAAUCCCAAAUACCGCUAUCUGCUGUAG